AAAUGUCAAAUGCCAACAGUCAAGGGCCGUAAGAUAUAAAAUAGUGUAUCACCGCAGUAAAUAUAUUGAAUUACCGUAAAAAGAGAAGAAGAGCAUAACUUUAAUUGUUACGGUUGAAAUAUGUAGAAAACAUGGAAUUUUUCUGUAAGAAUGAAAAAAAAGGUCAAAUUCAUGAGAAAAUACUGUAAAGCUACAAAACAGUAAUUACCCUAAAAUAAAAGGCAUUAUUCUGUCUGAAUUAAUGAUUCUGCUGUACUUUGAGUUUUAUAUUCUGCAGUCAUACCUUAAUUAUUAUUAUUUUUUUUACGCAAGAGGAUAUAUAAUGAAAAAAUAAUGUAUUAUUAUAAGUUUCCAUUUCCAUAUAUGCUUUGUGUGAUUUUUUUUCCUCAUUAUGUGGCCCCUAAUCCUCACACACACACACACACACACACACACACACACACACACACACACACACACAUCAGUAUCAUAGAUCAAUAUUAGUAUUAAAAAAGAAGCAUCUCCAAACGCAAGUAUUUGCCUCGUACAGUUCCGGGAUUGUGCAUUUGUUGACAUUAAUGCGCCAAAUUUGAAAUUGGCCAAUCAGCGCAUUGUAUCGGAUACCAGCCUUUCACCGUCCUCUGACCCGGUGGAUAUUUCGGAUUCGGACUUCACACCGUUCAGGUCCACGGUCUUCACCAGGAUUUUACCCUGCUGUCAUUCGCCGCCACCUCGGGCGCUGAUCCUAACAUCUGUGGACUGGAGCGGACUCCAGAAACGUACAGAUCUGCCAUCGAACAGCUGGAGACAGAGGAUGCUCCACAAGUACAAGGGUUGAAGUUCAAAGAGGCAUCAGAUGUUCCAGGCCUUUCUCUCUGCUGGGUCAGUGAGUCCUCCACCCUUGCAUAUAAAAGAUGGCCAACCAUUUUACUCAGAGCUUUACAGUGAGCAAGUUAAAGGAGCAAUCCUACAUUUUGGCUUCACUGAAAGAAACACAAAAAUUCCUGUUGAUGUGCAGUACAAUGGUAUAAUUUAUAGGAAGGGCCAAAUUGUUGUCACCAAGCAUGAUGAUUCAGUGGAGUUUGGGGAAAUAAUCCUCAUUCUUGUAAAAGAUGAUUUUGCACUUCAUUUUCUGAUGAGAGUGUAUGAUGGGGAAUUUCUUUCACACUACCACAUGUACUCUGUGAAAAAGGAAACUGAAAGAUUAGAAUGCAGAGUUGUCAGUGAACUGAUUGACAUGUGGCCUCUAUCAUAUUACAUACACAAUGGAUACCAGAUUGUCCCAUUGAAGCACAGUCUCUUGUCACACUAAAUCAGCUGACCAGAUGCUAAACUAUCUCUUUUAUGUGUCUUAACAGAUAUGGCUGAAUCACAGACAGUAAGCGAUGCCAUAGCAGCAGUGCUGCCAGAUCUUCCUGACCACGUUCUCAAGUCAGUGGAAGAUACCUUAAAGGCACUUGGUGCAGUGACGGCAGAUGAUUUACAGUACAUUACAGAGGUAGACUUACUGCCAGUGUUGAAGCCCGUACAAGCCAGAAGACUUGUUGCUGCAUGGGCCCAAAACAAGUCAUCCACUCCAACUCCAGCCCCGGCAUGUUCCUCUCAAGGGUCUCUCCUUUCGUCUUCCUCUGGUUCCCCGGUCACUCCCUCACGAGCAUCAUCCACAGCUACAUCAUCCUCAGAAAGCUGUUCUCCGCGUGCACCAAAUUGGUUAGACACUUUUCAGAUACCAUGGCAGAAGCUCUCUGAAGAGUUAGUACAGAAUUUGGAAAGACAGAAGAGGCCAAGUCCGCGACUACGAAGAGAAAUGAUAAGGAUUGUGGUCUCUGAAAUGAUGAAGAUUUGUAAGAAUCCCACCAAACAGAACACCACAGAGAUAGCAAAAAGGAUGGUAGCCAGAUAUCCAAGAUCUCUUCAAGAUGUGAUUGAUGGUGAUAUUAUUGGACUUGGAUAUCAUUCCCUGGCAAAGCAACUCCAGUCAAGAGUGGAAAAUGUCAAACGACCUGACACACCAAAGAUAAAGAGACGCAAUAGAGCCUCAGAUGAUGACACCGAUGAAAUUUCUGUCGAACAAAGAGCACAUGUUCAAGACACAUAUGGCUGUGUCAACUGGAUGCCGAAACAUCUGCCACUCCCUGAGACUGUGACGAGUCAGUCAGAAAAAAAAGAAAAAAUGAAGACAUUUGAAGAGAUUAACUUCAAUUCAGAUGCAGUGAAAGAAUUAAUCAAGUCCACCUAUUUCACACAGCGUAAAGAUAUCAAUAAUGGGGAAAGCAUCAAGAACUUAAGCCAUGAAUGGCCAUUUUUGUUCCAUUUUGUUGAGAAGACGAGCCUUGCUGAAGAGGUUCAGAUGGACGGGGUUCCCCCAACACCGUGCCUUAUUGUCUGCGGGUCUUCCUGCUUUGCCGCUGAGACAUUUAUGUUGAGCAUCGACAAUGAGAUUGUCAACGACUGCAUCACUUCCUUCACAUCUGCCAUCUGCCUGAUGUUUGGCAGUUACUAUUGCUUCAACAUACACUACCCAGUGGAACUAAGGUCUACACUGGAGUUCCUCCAACGGUGUUUCUUCUCAAUCAACCCUGAGAAAGGCACCAAAGUCGAGUGGAAGAAGAAGAAAAAAGUAUUCUCAGUCAAUCCAACAGUCUUCACUCUGAUCUCAGACCUCGCUGACCACGAGUGGACCUUCCAGUGAUGUUGAGGGAUGAUGUGAUAAAAGGUACACUGAAUGUAUACACUGCAGAUAUUGUAUUGUAUUGUGUAAAAUUCUGAAAGUUUUACAAGUUUGUUCAUGUUCAGCUUUACUGCACUACUUUUGUACUUUAAACACGUUGAAGUAAACUCGCUAGUUCUAGAUAUGGAUGCAGUAACAGAGGAAGUAUUAAGAUUUAUUAUGCAAGUUUUGAGACUUUCGCUUACCCUUCAUACCCUUCAGGUAUGAUUUUGAACGUGAAAAUGAAACACUGUGUACACUGAUAGAUUUGUACAAAAAUGUUUAAUUUGUCCAAAUAAAGACUUUCUUUAUUUGAAA